AUGGUAAAGGGCAACCGGAAGUGGCUCCUCGGAUGGUUCCGGUGACCCGAGGAGCAACAGCUGGCGCCGGAUCCGACUCCCUUCGUCACUGCCUGAGCUAUGGCGGGCACGGCGCUGAAGCGGCUGAUGGCGGAGUAUAAACAGUUGACCUUGAAUCCACCAGAAGGCAUAGUAGCUGGGCCUAUGAAUGAAGAAAAUUUCUUUGAAUGGGAAGCUUUGAUAAUGGGCCCAGAAGACACAUGCUUUGAGUAUGGCGUUUUCCCUGCUAUUCUGAGUUUUCCUCUUGAUUAUCCUUUAAGUCCUCCAAAGAUGAGGUUCACAUGUGAGAUGUUUCAUCCCAACAUUUAUCCAGAUGGGAGAGUUUGUAUUUCUAUUCUUCAUGCUCCUGGGGAUGACCCCAUGGGCUAUGAGAGCAGCGCAGAACGGUGGAGCCCAGUACAGAGCGUGGAGAAGAUCCUCUUGUCAGUGGUCAGCAUGCUGGCAGAACCAAAUGAUGAGAGUGGAGCCAACGUAGAUGCUUCUAAAAUGUGGCGGGAAGACAGAGAGCAGUUUAACAAAAUAGCCAAGCAAAUAGUCCAGAAAUCACUUGGGCUUUAAAAAAAGGAAGGAACUGAGACAUUUGACAAUCAUAGUAUUUGAUCUUUCAUCAGACAGACAGAUGGCAGUACUCCGUGUUGAUAGGAAAAAGCAAAUCUUGCAAAAUUGUUGACUGGGUGUCUUAAUAACACACACAUCCUCUCUCCCCACUCUCUUCCCUUUUUCUUUACCCUUUUGAGAGUGGGGAAUCUCCCUCCACCUAAGACAUGUAAGUAGCUGCGAUACAAGUGGAUUUAGUCAUAGGAAAAAGGUUGCAUAGUGCUGUGGUUUCUUUGCACUUGUGGAAGCAUGGAAGCAUUGCAUAGCAUCUGUGUCUCUUGUUAUAUUUAUAUUUUCCUAACCCUUUUCAGUGCAGUACUGUGCACUUUCUGGUAAUGGGGUUGAGAAGAUCUAUGAAUUAAUAACUGCUCAGCACCAUGGAAAGCUGCUGAAACACCAUUGGACUCCCUUGUCUGGAAAUGGAGAAAUGCCGUUCUAAGGAUGUCUUACUUCAUAAUUGGAUGUAACUUUUGAAGGCCUCAGAUUCUCUCCUCCUUAAGACCGCAAAGCAACCACCCUUGAAGUCCAAUGAGAACAUAGUUAAGCUGCUGGACAAGAGUAUUUUGAGAGCAAGUGAAUUACUGUAUCUAAUGGAGGUAAAUCAGAGAAGUGGCCAAUGUAAUCAGUGUCUUGCUUCCAGGUACAGCAGUCCACCUUCUCAAAUGUAAGCCUUCAUAUUGCUACUUUUGAAAGCCUUCAAGCACUACUAAGUUCCUCUUGAGACAUUAUUUGAACUUGGUACAGCUCCAGAAAGUUUGAUAAAUAAUCCUCAUUUCUAAAAGGUAUUUGUUUCCUCUAACAGCUAUCUCUACUCAUAAGAGAUGCUGGAAAUACCUUGUAUUGCAGCAGAGCAGACUUUCCAAAGUUAGUCUUCAGUCCUCAGCUGACGACACUUAAACCUAAUGCAAAGAGGUUGUCUUGAAUCUAAUGUCACCCAAACUGUAUUCCUAAUAGAAAUCUGGAGAACAAAAUCAAGUGUGAAUAUUAUUUGGAUUAGCAGGACUUGAUGGUAUUCAACUUCAGUUACUCGUUUAUUUUCCUGAGUGUGCUGUGGGAGGGAAUCUUUAUCUUGGAAGCUCUAGACUAAGUACAGUGGUGCCUCGCUAGACGAAUUUAAUUUGUUCCACGGGUCUAUUCUUAUAACGAAAAAUUCGUCUAGCGAAUCCCAUAGGAAUGCAUUGCAUUUUUUUGAUUUUUUUUUUUGCCCAUAGGAAUGCAUUAAUUGAAUUUCAAUGCAUUCCUAUGGGAAACUGCGAUUCGCUAGACGAAUUUUUCGUAAAAAAAAUUCGUCUAGCGAGGCAACCUCCUCUAGAAAAAUCCUUUCUUUAAGCGACAAUUUCAUCUUACAGGGCUUCGUUAAGUGAGGCACCACUGUAGUACUAGACAUCCUCUAAUUUCUUAGUCUAGUACCAGGAGAAUAAAAGUUAUUGCUUUACUUUCUUACUGGCUGGGAACAACUGAGCAGUAAACGGGUUCUUGAUGUGUAUUUCAAAGCCAGGUUAUAUAGCAGUUGACAGCCAUUUCUUACUACAUCUGUACUACUUUAGGAUGCCAAAUUUAAAGUUACAUUGCAAGAAAUACUAUUAAUAUCUCUUGCUUAAGCUUGCAUUUGAAUUAUUUUUAUACUGUUUACAAUUUAAUCAAUUUCCGAUUGAGAGGGAUUAUCAUUCUCUCUGAAAUUUCAUGCAUUGAAAUUCAAUUUCAUUUUUACAGUGGCAUAAUUUCCAGGAAAAAUAGCUCUCAUAAUUUGAUUGAUCCACAGCGGAAGCUGAAUCUAGGCAUUUUUUAGCAGCAUUUUCUGUGGGAGCCGUCCCUGAGUUAGAAGACCUUUCUACUUUAAAAGGUUUUGAGAAAGAGAUGUUACUUUAGGCAUGGAUUAGGGGAGGGUGGAAGUAGUAGUAUUUUUCCAAAACAACAUCUACAAGUGAUGGUUUUCAUGGCAAACAGGAGGUGUUUAUUCUACAAGUUGUAAUUUAGCUUGACGAGUCCAACAAGACAGCAGCAUGGAAAGAAGGUGCUCUUUGUUUAAUGGUGAUUACAUAAGGGAAAGCUGUCCUGGUCUUAACACAGUAUUCAAGUGUAUUUAAACACAUUGUUUUAUAUUGGACACAAAUAUUGUCAAUGAAAAUAAACACGUAUUUUCCUUAAA